GAGUAGUUCAUCUUUCUUCCCUUGUGUGGUUGUGCAUACUUGCUAGGUUCCAGUUUGGAGUAAAAAAAAUAUCGUCGUUUGUUGCUAAUGAUUGCUGUUAGAAAGUGAAAAUGAAACCGCUGAAAAUGAUCCUACAUUUCGCUUGUAUCAUGGUGCUCAUUAACGUCCAGCCUGGCCAUGGACUGGAGAUCGAACAUCCCCAUAGCUUCUCUAUAUUCAAACGAGGCGUUAUGCUUGGCGAUGUUUCGUACAGUUAUUCUUCCACGGACAUGGGAUCGCCGGAAAGUGGGCGCUAUAAGACGGUAACGGUGAUCAAGAACAUUGCUGUCCCCAAACCGACCAGCACCAUGUUUAGUGACCGUUCCGAACAUUACUACGAUUCGGUUGAGAAAACUUCCUCCACCGGAGGAUCCACGCAGAAAAAGCGAACACACGUCGAAUAUUGGCCACCGAAGGAGGAAAACCAAGUGGCCCAUCGGCUGAAGUUGGAGCAGGACUUUCACAAAGUCAGCAAUACCCACCGUCCGAAGGGCAAUCAUCAGCGCCAUCACAGCCAGCAGGAGAUAGCGGCAACACCCAAAAUGACCUACAAACCCGCCGAAAUCAAAGAGCAACCUCAGGAGGAACCACAGCAUCCAGUCGAUCUGUUGGAGCUGGCCAAAUCGGCAGUGAAAACGCUCACCCAAAAGGCAAAGGUCGGACCAGGCGAUAAUACCGGUCCUGUCACGUUUCCCUCCGAUGCGAUGAUGAUGAUGAAAAAGAAGAACGGAAUCGUCAGCGUGGCGAAGGAGUACACCAGCAUCCUGACGGCCGAUCCAAAAGAUCGUCAACCGAUCGUGAGUAAGCUGCGAACCAAAGUGGAUCCUCCGACAAAGGCUCCUACGUUCCAGAUGCCGUACACUUCCACCUCGUCCAGCGAAGAGGAGGAGCAGGAGAUCAAACUGAAAGACUUCGAACAAUCCGAAUACGUGUUCAACCAUAAGACGGGUUCGUUCGAGUUUAAAACCGCUUCGAAGGCACCAAAGGCAGUCCAGGAGUAUUUACGUGGCAGUCCCUAUGGUUACAGGGAGGAACCAACGCCCUCUAAAGUAGAAGCAGCCAACAGCGACACGUACAACAGCCCCUCGGAGUUGCUUUUUGCUGAGCUCCAUAAUGCCGUCACUACGCGAAACGUUACAAUGAUCAAGUCUCUUGCCGGUCAGCUGGAAGAAACAUUUAAUAUUGGAAAGCUUGACUUUGAAUCGUUAAAGACCGAAGCGGACCUUGGACGGCGUACGACGGAAAAUUUCAUGCCAGCCGAAACUACUACCGGCAAGCCAUCGUUCGAUUUUGGGUAUGGAAAUUACGCCGAAACGACGACGAUGGUGGAGUAUCAGGAACCCUCCACCGAAGCGAUUGUGGCAAGUACGACGAUAAAAGCGCCAGUUAUUAUGAUGAUGACUACUACCAAGAAGCCGCUUCGCUACAUUGCACCGAAACUGCGCGGAUUCAAGCGAUUCUCUUCGAAGAGACAAAACUCAUAAUGGCCUCCAACUGUCGAUACAUUCUUCUACUCCUUUUUCAUGGUGAGGAAGAAACCCAACACCAAACGCGUUUUACAGCAAAUCGAAGAAAGAUAUUUAUUUUUUUAAACGUAGCCACAAUACGCCGCUUUAUUGCAUGUUUUCCAAGUGUUGUGAAUUUGGAAUUAGCUCGAUUGACUAUUUUAACAUGUUUAAACAUACGAGGGUGGUAUGAUUUGGGCCCUUUUCUUAUGUUUAUUUACGGAAGACACUCUUAUCAACGAAUAAAACAUUAAUAAAGCUUCCAUUUCAACCAUUUAU